CACAAAAGGUAUAUCGUCCCAAAUUCAGUAGCUAUAUGACAAUCUCCUUCCAAAUGCUACGCUUGUAAUUUCUUUCAACACUUUAUCUGAAUUAUCAAAUAACUAUUUUCUCAACAAACAAUGGAAGCCUUCCUGAAAGAGAUCCAACAUCUUAAAAUCCAACUAGAAGAUAUAAAGUCAGCCACAAACAACUUUGAUAACAACAAAAUCAUCGGAAGAGGCGGAUUUGGAAAGGUGUACAAAGGAGUGGUCUGUCACUCUAAGGGGCAAAGCAUGGUUGCUUUUAAGCGUCUAGAUAGUAGCUAUGGGCAAGGAUAUCCUGAGUUCUUGAAAGAAAUUCUAAUGCUUUCCCGUUGCACACAUGAAAAUCUCAUCUCACUCGUGGGAUUUUGCAAUGAAGAUGAUGAAAAGAUCAUUGUGUAUGAGUAUGCAUCUCAUGGAAGCCUCGAUCAUCAUUUAAGUAACACUGAUCUCACAUGGAGGCAACGUCUCAAGAUAUGCAUUGCAGCUGCAAAGGGGCUCUGCUAUCUUCAUGAUCCCAAUGGAUCAAAACAAAGAGUUAUCCACCGUGAUAUUAAAAGUUCCAACAUUCUACUUGAUGGGAAUUGGAAUGCUAAAGUUUCUGACAUGGGACUAUCGAAAAUAGGACCCGCUAAUCAGUCACACAGUUUUCUUCCCACCAAUGUUGUGGGUACCUUUGGGUAUAUAGAUCCGUUGUAUAUGGAGACAUACUCCCUCACCAAAGAGUCGGAUGUAUACUCUUUUGGUUUGGUCUUAUUUGAAGUAUUGUGUGGGAGACUAUGCAUUGAACAUAAAAAUGGUCAUUUCCAUAGUUUAGUGCCAAUGUGGAAAAAAAGAUAUGAAGAGACGAAAUUAGAUGAGAUUAUCUUUGAAGAGGUGAAACAACAUAUGGAUCAGAGGUCAUUGAAAACAUUUUCAGACAUUGCUUAUCAAUGUUUGCGUAUCUCUCGUGAAGAACGACCAAAGAUGUCUCAUGUUGUUGAAAAACUUGAGUUCGCGCUUGAGUUUCAAGAGAUUUCUGAAGAGGUGGAGCUACCAAUUGACUAUGAAGAGAUGAGUAAGGCUGCAGUUCCUCCUCUGGUCUACAGAUCCAAAGAAGAACUAAUGAUGCUUCUCUCCAAAGGAAUCAUGGUUAACGAGGGCAAAACGAUUUAUAGUGAAUGACAAUAUACCAUUAUGUUGGAAAUUCAAAACACAUGUGAGAACACAGUUUUUGUCACCACAUAUCACAUACACAAUAAAUCUUGUGUUCAAUUUGGAGUACAGAAGUAGCGACUAUUUAGGCCUUGGUUACAUAUUGGCUGGGGAGACAAAUUCUUCGACUUCAUACUUUGCAGAUAAGAGAGAAGAUGGAUUGUUGAUGGCUGAAUUGUAUCACUUUGCUAGUGAUAGGAGAAAUGUUGAUCUUGAAAUUACAUUUGAAUGCCAAAAUCCAUUGAUAGUAGAAGGCAUCGAGUUUCAACCCAUGGAGAGAGUGGAAAAGCAUGAAGUGUUAGAGGAUAAGGAGGUGGAUUUGCAAACCAUGUCACAUUCAGAAACAUAUUGGGAACAAAAAUUGCCAAAUGAUUGGGAAGAGAUGAUCAAGUGGUCAAAAGAUAGUCUGCAAUGGACAACAAAGAAGGAACUCUAUUCUAUUCUUUGCAAAGGAUUCCUAAUCAAUAAUGGGGAAGAGUGGUUUUCUCUUGCAAAAAAUGGGAAGAAAUGUCAUAUGCUAUCAGCAAGAAUAUUGGCUUUGCGAAAAUCAGAAUGGAAAUGGCGUUCUUUACCUGAAUCAAGAUUUGAAGAAGUUGCUUUUGAUCCUCAUGGCAGCUUUCGGAUAAAAUGUAGCUCUAAUAUCCUUUCGCCUGAAACAACAUAUGGAAGUUACCUUGUCUACAAAUUACAAGAAAACUAUUCUGGAUAUGAGCCACCUUUAAAAGUGAUUGAUGGUGUGAAAGUGAGUGAUGGUGUUUUCUUUCAACCUUUUGAAAGACAAAUCAUAGUGAGGAAGAUCUAUCAUGGUAUAUCUAUUUACUUAGUCCUCAAACCCCAAUUAUUAGACGAAAGGUUUAUCAAGAUAACCAUGAGCUUGUGAAUAGACCCAAGAAGAAACGGAUUCCACAACAAAGGAAUGAUGGCUGGAUGGAAGUAAACGUAUGGGAAUUUCAAACUGGUACUACAACCGAAAGUAUAUCCAAGAAUCUUAGAUUAAUGACCAUUUCUGAUGCUAAUAGGUCGCUUAAAGGGCUUAUUGUGCAAGGCAUUGAGUUUAGACCCAUAUAAGUUCACUUAAUUAUGCACUGAUCUGAUACGUCUCC